AACCGCUCUACCGCCCGAUUAAAAUGCCACAAAACAAUAAGUCUUUGAUUAAAAACAAUCCAUUAGAAAGUCCGGAUUCAGAUAAAGAUCAGCAACCUGAGAAACAACAGCCCACAAAUCCAAAAGAAUGGCCCGUAAGUCUAAAGGAAUAUGUGCAGCGAAGUUUCAACGAGGCACCACAUAAUAUCGAUGCCAUAGAAAGAGAACUGAAAAUAAUAAUUUCUAAUAAAAUGUCAGAGGGUUUGUUAUAUGAGACAGAUUGGACAAAAGUUGAUUUACCACAGAGUUGCAAGUCACCAAGGGAAAAUGAAAAGCGAAAAAAUGCAUUCGCUGGUCAUUCUCCACCUGACCGUCAUUCAGCUGAUAGCGAUGAGUGCAGUGAAUCCCAAAAGAGGGAAAAGCGUGCAAAGCGCUUCCAGGAACAUGAAAGAAUUAAUAGACCGCGUUGGGAGCCUCCCGUUAAGCAACAAGAUGACAUAGAUGUAGAAAAAACAGUUGUGGUUGGGACCUGUACUCAAUUGGAAAAGUCAUAUUUACGUUUGACAGCCGCACCUGAUCCUUCAACAGUUAGACCUUUACGCAUAUUAAAGCGAACUCUUGAAUUUUUAAAAGCAAAAUGG